GUUCCGUUUAGGGGAAGGAAGAGUACCGGGAAUAGUCGACCAUUUCCCUCCAUUUUAUCACUCAAAACAUCGAAAUAGCGAGUUCCCGCCAACGCCAGAGAAAAUAAAAUGGAAAAAGAAAAAGAACAAGAAAGAGGCUUCAGAAUCAGAUCCACCACUCCACACCUCUCUCCUUCUCUCUCUACUCAACUCACUGACUUUUCCAGACUCUUCAAUGGACUUCCUCAAUCCUCAAUCACUUUUCCAAGACGUUAGAUUGAGGGAGCUAAGCGGAUUCAGAGUUCGAAAGCGACCGCAUAUCAGCGACGCCUCCUCGUGUUUCAAAGAAAUCGGGGCUGUAGCUGUACAGCACAACGGCGAUGUGACUCCGCCCUUGGCUGUUUCCUUCUGCAAGAGUAGUAUAAGUUCCCACAUUCUUGCAGUGUCAGAUGAGGAUGGGUACGUGAGCUUGUUUGAUACUCGUCGUCAUUUAUCUUCUUCUUCUCAUCAAGAAAAUGCAGAAAAAUCGAGGGUUUGCGAAUGGGUUGCACACCAAAAUGCUGUCUUUGACGUAUGUUGGAUUAAGGGAGGUACCCAAAUUUUGACUGCUUCUGGUGACCAAACGAUGAAGGUCUGGGAUGUUCAAGAAAAAAAAUGUACUGCUACGCUGAUGGGUCACACCGGAAGUGUGAAAUCUAUGUCUCCUCAUCCAAUCAAUUGUGAGAUUAUUGCCUCUGGUUCGAGAGAUGGCUCUUUCGCUCUAUGGGAUAUGAGAUGUAAUGCUAAAUCUUUAAGCAGGCAUGAGGAAAGGUGUAUCAGCUCAACUGCUUCGGUCAGGGGUGCCCAUCUGUCCUCUCAAGCAAAGCGUGUCAGGCGUCGCAAGACAGGUUCAAUGAGCAUCACAUCAGUUCUUUAUCUAAAGGAUGGGUUUUCUAUUGCCACUGCUGGUGCCGUGGACAGCAUUGUGAAAUUUUGGGACACCAGAAAUCUGAAAAGUGCAGUCACACAGACAUUUCCUCCUCUCAACUCAAUGGAGAAGGUAAAGAGAUUACAUGGCAUAUCUAGCUUGUCCCAGGAUUUGAAUGGAGUGUAUAUUUCAGCCUCGUGCAUGGAUAAUAGAAUCUAUCUUUACAAUGUUCUUCAGCUUGAAAAGGGUCCUGUGAAAUCAUUUUCUGGGUGUCGAAUUGAAACAUUUUUUGUAAAGUCAUCCAUCAGCCCGGAUGCUACUAGCAUACUCUGUGGUUCUAGUGAUGGAAAUGCCUAUAUGUGGAAGGUGAACAAGCCUCAAGAAGAUCCUAUUAGAUUGAGCCAUGAUGGCGAAGUUACUGCAGUUGACUGGUGUCCUAGCGAGGAUGGAAAGAUUGCAACUUCUUCUGAUGAUUUUACGGUUCGCAUUUGGGACUCUCAAAACAUUUGCUGCCCAAGCUCAAGCUCUGCAUCUGCAAUUCGGAGGAGAGUAAUGGCAAUCCCAGGAGCUGAAGGUAGAAAACUGCUUACAAGUAACCAGACACAUCCCACUAAGGAUUCUAAAAGACAAUAUCCAGAUGAUGUAUCAGACGAAGAUGAAUCAAUGAAUCCAAUUACAAUGCCUAAACUCAGUACCCCUGAAGCCCAGAAGAGAAGGUUGUCACUAGAUUCUGGUUUAAAUGAAGUCAUUGAGAAGACCCCUGACACUGCAACGAAGAGCCCAUCUUCUGUUUUGAACCCUCCCUCUUCCCUAAAGAGAAAAACAAUCCGUGAUUACUUUGUAGCACCUAUGUAAAAAGUCUCGCUCAUUUUUUUGGUGUUACUAUAUCUUAGAGCCGAUAUUGCAGCUGCCAUUACUGCUUCAAAAGCUGGCUGUUUCAAUAAUUUUUUUGAUUAUAUAUAGGUCGUUAGUUGAAGUGUACAGCGGGAUACAUGAUAAAGAUUGGGAUUUUUGAAUUGUGAACUUGAGAAUUAACUGUGUGAUUGUAUAUAGGACACUGAAGUGGUGCAAAUUAGUUAUCUUUUUCUCUUACUUUUGUUAUGGAUCAGUCAACUUUUUCUAAAUAGUAUAUUAGGCUUCAAUUUCA